AUGGGCAUCGUGUUCACGCGGCUCUUCUCGUCGGUAUUCGGAAACCGCGAGGCCCGCAUCCUCGUCCUCGGCCUCGACAAUGCCGGCAAGACUACUAUCCUCUAUCGGCUGCAGAUGGGGGAGGUCGUUUCCACGAUCCCAACGAUCGGGUUCAACGUGGAGACGGUGCAGUACAAUAACAUCAAGUUCCAAGUUUGGGAUCUCGGUGGUCAAACAAGCAUCAGGUACAUUCUUUACAGCGAGUAUCCAUAUCCAAAAUCGGUCAUUAUGAUGCCAUACUGGAGAUGCUACUUUCCAAACACUCAGGCUAUCAUAUAUGUUGUUGAUUCAAGUGAUACUGAUAGGCUGGUAACUGCAAAAGAAGAAUUUCAUUCCAUCCUUGAGGAGGAUGAGCUGAAAGGUGCGGUUGUCCUUGUAUAUGCAAAUAAACAGGACCUUCCAGGUGCACUUAAUGAUGCUGCCAUAACUGAAUCAUUAGAACUUCACAAGAUUAAGAGCCGCCAAUGGGCAAUUUUCAAAACAUCUGCUAUAAAAGGGGAGGGGCUUUUUGAAGGCUUGAACUGGCUCAGUAAUGCACUCAAGUCCGGAGGCAGCUAA